AGCGGAGAGGAUGAGGAGCGGGGAUGCUUCUUUUCCUGUACAUCCUUGACAGUAUAUCCGGAGCCGGUGGGCGGUGCGAAUGUUUUGAAGAUGCAGGCAGCCUGCGGAUGCGGACCGAAGGAUGCCAGGUGAGGAGACCCUGCGGUAUAGGAGCAUCAUAUUUGAUAUUUUUGCAGAAAACAAGCCGCUGCAGUGCGCUGGGUGCGUUGGAAGGGAAACUAUGACAACUACAGGUCUUCUUUGUCUGGCAAGUCUCAGCGAAUGAAUGCGGGCGAAGAGAUAGACGACAAUAGUUCAUUACUAUUCUUCUUGGGGAAACCAGCAGGUUGCGCUUCCCACUCUUUCAGUUUGAGGUUCUGUGCGCUGAGAUGUUGCUUGUUUAAGGAAACUUCUACAAAUUGUGACUAUUGGUUGGUGGGAUGAGAGAGAGACAAAGGAGCAGCUGUGAGGCGUAAACACCCGCUGCUCAAGAUCUGCUCGAGUCUUACUGCCGGGGACGACACCCAGAGAGAGAAGUGAUGCAAUUUGGUGGAAGCUGUCACUUUUGAUUUAUAACUGAAGCCUUGACUGGCACAUCAUCUGCAAGACUUGGCUUUGUUUACAAGGCGGGUCAGCAGGCUGAACACGGAUUACAGGCCCAAGUGAACUCAUCACUUUUGGUUCUUGGAGUGCGCAUCCACAUUGAUCAACCUUGUUUGUACCGGUAGAUGCUUUUUUCCCUGACGCUUUUGUUGUGGAGGCUCUACCGACAUUUUUCCAUCAUGUUCAGCGCAGACCGACUCACAGUCCCGGAAUACGUCAGCCGGCUGCAGAGAGGGAGGAGCGGCUCCGGAUGCGACCCCAAGGCCAUCUCUCCGGGGAUUAAUGCCGACGUCCAGGCGGUCUUGGACACGUCACUUCCCGCCCUGCGGUCCGCCAUCAGUAGGCUGAAGUCAUCCAAGGAAACCUCGGCUUCAGAUGAGACCCGCAGGGCUAUCGCGGAGAUCUUCCAGCUGGUGGAGGAGGCCUGGGUUUUACCCACCGUGGGUCGUCAGGUGGCCGAGGAGAUAUGUAACAGGAUCCGGCUGCAUGGAGGCCUGGAGCUGCUGCUUCAACUCCAGCAGUCACCUGCUGUGGAGAUCACGUAUGAGUCUGCAAAACUGCUGGAGCAGAUACUGAUCUCAGAGAACAGGGAUUACGUAGCUCGCAUGGGUCUGGGGGUCAUCCUCAACCUGACUCGUCAGCAGGAAGAUGCUCAGCUGGCUCGCAGUGUUUCUGGCAUCCUUGAGCACAUGUUCAAACACACCGAGGAGACAUCCAUCCACCUCAUCACUAACGGUGCCCUGGACACCCUCCUCUUCUGGUGCCGAGGUACAGACCCUACUGUGCUGCGCCACUGUGCUGUGGCACUGGCUAAUUGUGCAAUGUACGGGGGCCACUGCUGCCAGCGCUGGAUGAUCGAGAAACAGGCAGCUGAGUGGCUCUUCCCACUGGCCUUUUCCAAAGAGGAUGAACUCAUUCGUUUCCACGCCUGCUUGGCUGUAACUGUGUUAGCUGCAAACCGAGAAAUUGAGAAGGAGGUGGUGAAAUCAGGCACCUUGGAGCUGGUGGAGCCGUUCAUAGCAUCUCUGGAUCCGGACGACUUUGCCCGCAGCUUACUGGACAGUGCAGACAGCAUGCAGGGAAGGACCGCAUCUGAUCUGCAGCACCUUUUGCCAUUACUGGAUGGCACAAGGGUGGAGGGAAAGUGCAUUGCAGCCUUUUACCUUUGUGUUGAGGCCAGCAUCAAGUCCCGUCAGCGCAACACCAAAAUAUUUCAAGAGAUUGGUGCAGUGCAGAGCCUAAAAAGAAUCGUCAUGUACUCCAGCAAUGGCACAGUCUGUGCCCUCGCUAAGCGGGCACUGAGGAUGAUGGGAGAAGAAGUGCCGAAACGAAUUCUGUCAAGUGUGCCCAACUGGAAAACCUGUGAAGUGCAGACGUGGCUGCAGCAGAUUGGCUUCAGCACCUACUGUGACCGUUUUCAGGAACUUCAGGUGGACGGAGACCUCCUUCUGAACAUUACAGAUGAGGACCUGAGUUCUGAUUUGGGCAUGACUACUAGCCUUACCCGCAAGAGGUUUUUGAGAGACUUGCGUGUGCUGAAGACUUAUGCCAAUUACUCCACCUGUGACCCAAACAACAUGGCUGACUGGUUAAUUGAGGUGGACCCUCGUUUUCGUCAGUACACUUACGGCCUAGUCCAGUCAGGAGUGGAUCGUCACAACGUCCGGAACCUGACCGAUCAGCAGCUCAAGUACGACUGCCAUAUUGAGAAUGGCGUUCACAGAGCAAAGAUACUGUCGUCUAGUGGCAAACCCUUAAAACUAAGCCACACAGAUGCCCACCCCACAGGGCCCGACGUCUUCAUCAGUUACCGACGGACUACGGGUUCUCAGCUGGCCAGCCUUUUGAAGGUGCAUCUACAGGUCCGUGGAUACAGUGUCUUCAUAGAUGUAGAGAAGCUGGAAGCCGGUAAAUUUGAGGACAAAUUGAUUCAGAGUGUACACAGAGCACGUAACUUCAUCCUGGUCCUGUCUGCUAAUGCUCUGGACAAGUGCAUGGGAGACACUGCCAUGAAGGACUGGGUGCACAAGGAAAUAGUCACGGCCCUGGCUGGUAAGAAGAAUAUAGUUCCUGUCACAGAUAACUUUACGUGGCCUGACCCCAUGUCGCUGCCAGAAGACAUGAGAGCCAUUCUCAACUUCAAUGGCAUAAAGUGGUCCCACGAAUAUCAGGAGGCUACGAUUGAGAAGAUCCUGCGCUUUCUGAAAGAACCCCAAGACCAAGUCGACCGCCCAGAUGGCUCUAAAGAGCAGAAAAAGAAAUAAAUUGACAUAAAAACAGUUUGAUCUCAGCUAUAAUAACUAUCUACAAUGCCAAAUUCCACAUAACCUAUGGUGAAUAUUCUGGCAGCUUUCCCUGCUCUGCCCAAAUGCAUGUGAAAUGAAUCUGGUUGUUUAGAUUACAUGCUCACACAUAUCUAAUAUGCACACACUCAAUUAUAAACAAUCAAUAGAACUGACAAGUGAAUUUCAGAUUGUAUAUAAAAACUCUAAGCCUUUAAUGUUAGUUACUGCUGUAUAUGUGUAAUCAGGUACAGUACGCGCCUUCUGUAUCUCAGGAAAAUAAAUGAUAGACCAGCCGACAUGGGCACCCAGCAAAAUCAUCACCACUAACACAUCAGUGUUCUUUAAAGUUGCUGUAUAUGCAGCCAUUUUGCAGGCCUCUAAUUUUAGUGACAUUUCUCUUGUUCUUAAUGUUUGUGUUGGGAUAGAGAAAAUCUUUUUGGCCAGCUUGCCAAUUUUUUUUUUUUUUUUUUUUUGGAUGAGUGACUACUGUGAGUUUAAUCCAAGCCCCUAAUUUAACCAUAAGUCUAAGAAGUGUAGAGGGAAUGAAGACAUCCAUGUAGAGUUAAACAUAUUGUCCUGUAAUAAAAGUGGGUAAAGAGGACUUUAACAUCUGUUCUGUUUUACAGUUUCAUUGUAAAUGACCACUUUGUGUGUUCCAUUUAGCUAUCAUUGUUACUGCUGACCUAACAUUUACUUCACCACAGUGUUAAAUCUAUUGAAUAAUUAUAUGGUCACAUGGCAAUCGAAAAUGUAUCCUUCCAUCCAUCUCCUGCUUAUCUAAUUCAGGGUUGUGGAAGGCCUGAAGCCUACCCCAGCUGUCACAGGGUGAGAGGUGAGGUACACCCUGUCAGUCUGUCGCAGGUCUAACACAUAUAAUUAGAUCUGAGAUGACCAUUCACACCUACGGUCAAUUUAACACACUUCACUCCAUGUGUGUCUUUGUGUUCUGGAGUACCUGGCGAGAACCCACUCAAGACACAUGGAGAGCAUGCAAAUUCCACACAGAAGGGUCCUAGACUAGUUUUGAACCAGUGGUGUGUGCUAACCACCACACCACUGUGUCGCCCCAAAAUAUAUCCAUGUCUAGCCCAAAAAAAAAAUGAAUAAAAAGUAUCCAGCACUAUGACACACCUGUCCUGUGUUCAUAAAACAUAAAAGGUACGGCUGUAAAAAUCAGCAAAAUAUGCAGCACUCAUCCAGAUUUGUUGGUCAAGUU